AUCAUCGGUCAUAACAGUAUGGGAAACAAUGAAUGCAUUUCCCCAUGGGAAGAUACUUAUCUUAAAUUGGUACAAAGAUUUUCACAUAUAAUCCAAGCCCAAUUCGUUGGCCACACUCACACAGACGAACUAAAAAUCUUCUACGACACAGAUGGAAAGCCCAUAAACGUGGCAUUCAAUGGAGCUAGUUUAACAACAUAUACCACAUACAACCCCAACUUCAAAAUUGUAGAGGUUUCUCCAGACACGAUGGAAAUCCUUAAUAUCCACACCUACUACUUUAAUCUAACUCUAGCAAAUCUUUAUCCGGAUCAGAGUCCACCGUGGCAGUUGCUUUAUUCGAUGAAAGGACAGUACAACCUACCGGAUCUUUCAGCAGCAUCUUUAGACAAGUUGUCUGACGAGAUGGCUAACGAUCCUGAACGGCUGCACGUCUAUUGGCUAAACUAUGUUCGCUAUGGAGACGCUGCCAUUAAAAUUGGAUGUGACAGUGACUGUAAGAAAGAGGUUUUAUGUAAAAUUACCACAACUCAGUCCAGAAAACCUACCAAACCGUAUUGUAAAUAAUAAAUUAUUGAUUAAUAAUAAGUAUUUAUUCUAAAGCAA